GUUUGGAAUGAGGCAGCAACUGUUUCACAUGAUGAGAAAAGCAUCUGUAUGCUAUUUCCACUAGUGUUUAGUGUUUUCUCCAAUAUGGAAAAUUGAAAAAUGGGCGCACUGUAUAAGCGAUUUUCUUAGUGUGUUCGGUCGCAUAGAUUUGUGUGGACUCCUUUGCGCUACAUAUCUCCAAUUUCUGAGAUACUCCCUUCCAUUGGUUCCUCUUUCACUGUGAUUAAUGGGGCAAAAACAAUCAAGUCAAGAAGGAAAUAAGAAAGAUGAUAAGACCAAACGAAGAGAAUUUGACCCCCCAGUGCCCACCAGAAUGGGUAAACACAAGCGGUCCAAAGGACCUGAUAGUGCCAACAAGUUGCCUCAGGUUACCCCGCAUACGCGGUGUAAACUUCGACUGUUGAAAAUGGAACGAAUAAAAGACUUUUUACUCAUGGAAGAAGAAUUUAUCAAGAACCAAGAAAGGUUGAAAACAGACGAAGAGCGUCAUGAGGAAGAAAGGUCAAAAGUAGAUGAUUUACGCGGCACACCUAUGUCUGUGGGAACUUUGGAAGAGAUAAUUGAUGACAAUCAUGUUGUUGUAUCAACAUCUGUUGGUAGUGAACACUAUGUUAGCAUACUUUCUUUCGUUGAUAAGGGUAUGCUAGAGCCUGGAUGUUCUGUAUUAUUAAAUCACAAGGUUCAUGCUGUUGUUGGCGUUCUGACAGAUGAAACUGACCCUAUGGUGACAGUCAUGAAGCUAGAAAAAGCCCCACAAGAGACAUAUGCAGAUAUUGGUGGGCUUGAUGUUCAGAUUCAAGAAAUCAAAGAGUCAGUUGAACUACCUUUAACACAUCCAGAACUUUAUGAAGAAAUGGGCAUUAAACCCCCAAAGGGUGUAAUUUUAUAUGGCGCACCUGGAACAGGCAAAACGUUAUUGGCUAAAGCAGUUGCUAAUCAAACUUCAGCUACUUUUCUACGUGUCGUCGGUUCAGAAUUAAUCCAAAAGUAUUUGGGGGAUGGACCGAAACUGGUUCGUGAAUUGUUUCGGCUGGCGGAGGAAAAUGCACCUAGUAUUGUAUUUAUUGAUGAAAUUGAUGCUGUCGGAACGAAAAGAUAUGAAUCCAAUUCAGGCGGUGAACGUGAAAUACAAAGAACUAUGUUAGAAUUACUCAACCAGUUAGAUGGCUUCGAUUCUCGAGGGGAUGUAAAAGUUAUUAUGGCUACUAACAGAAUCGAAACAUUGGAUCCUGCACUAAUCAGACCUGGCCGAAUCGAUCGCAAAAUUGAAUUUCCUCUUCCUGAUGAAAAGACCAAGCGUCGUAUUUUCAGUAUUCAUACAAGCCGCAUGACCUUAGCAGAGGAUGUAAAUCUAGAAGAAUAUGUUGCUUCUAAGGAUGAACUCUCAGGUGCAGAUAUAAAGGCUAUCUGUACUGAAGCUGGUUUAUUGGCUCUAAGGGAAAGGCGUAUGAAAGUUACUGACGAAGACUUCAAAAAGGCGAAAGAAAAUGUUCUUUAUAGAAAAAGUGAAGGAACACCUGAAGGCCUCUAUCUUUAACUUGAUUAACCACUACUUUCUGUAAAAAACAAAACUAUGCAAAUAAGCUCUACUAACUUGACUUUUUUGUAUUUGAAUAUUAAGUUUACACCAUGUCUUACAUCGGUGGAUGCUAUUUGUAGAGUGACCGGAUAAUUCUGUACUUAAAAUUUCUCUCAAGUGAUAGAUCUACGAGUUAGACGCACAGUAAUAUGUAACUGUUACUCAUUCUUUCGUUGGAAUUUAGAGCUUCAGUGGCAUAUCCCCAUUACACUCGGUCCUCUGCCAUCACUUUCAACGGGCUCCUAGUAUAUUAUUCUUAAAAUGAGUCCAACAGUUCUCCAGUCAUUUUGUCUUGAGAUCACUG